UGCAGCCGCGCGUGGCUCUGGGCAUCGCAGCCUGCCAGCUCCCUCCUCACCAGGAUCCUGCUGGUAUCUCCUGUCUGGGCGGGGCAGGAUGCCGGGAGCUGGAGCGGUGCGCAAUUGGGAUCAGCUCUGGGAGGUUCUUUCUCGUCACCUCUGACUUGCUGCCACCCACGCACAACCCCGGGUGAAGCUUUAAAUCUCAGCCUGGCACAGCUCGGGGUGCUCAGACCUGGCUCCUGGUGGCACCAUGAAGCUGGCAGUCUUCUUCGUCCUCCUUGGGAGCUUCGCCCUGUGGACAGCACUGCAGGCUGCCCCAGCAGAACGUCAGGAUGGACGCUCUCCGGCAGCGGCCCCACUGCACCAGGAGCCCCCUUUGGCCAACGGGACAGGUGUCCUGGGCCCGUCGUACCCGAGCCUGGCUGAAGGGAUCCCUGGAGCAGCUUCUCCUGCCCCUGGCCGUGACUUGGGGGAACGCACCCCGCAGGCAGCUGAGUCCAGGGAACAGCCCGUGGCAGGGGUCAGCCCUGCAAAUGUGGGAGGAAAGAAGCCAAGCACGGGGGGGCUGGAGUCCCCCCAUCUGGCUCUGCCAAGGGGCUGCGUGUGCAGGGGAAAGCCUUCCGGGUGCAAGAACCAGCCUGAGUGCAAGGAGGGACCGCAGAGCGCGGUGGGGAGCCGGGGAGACCCCCUGUCCGCUGGGAAACCUGGCCUGGGGCCCCCUGCAGCUCCCAUGCGACCAGUGCCUGGUGCAGGACCUGAGCCCAGGGAAAAGCUCCUAUCUAGAGACCCCUCUGGGGUUGGGGCAGAGCCGUCUGGGGUAGAACUGGUGUCUCUCUCAGACCCGGUGCCCGCUGGAAAACCAGCACCUGGAGCCACACGUGUGCUUGGUGACAAGCCGGUACCUGGGGCCAGUGGAAAACCUCUGGGCUACGAGACACCUGCGUUUGGGGCAACAACCAUGUCUGACAACAAGCCUGUGCCUUGGGCAGAGCCUGCACCCAGUGAAAAACCAGCAUCUAGCAAGAAACCCCGGUGUAGGGAGAAGCCUGCAUCCACUGGAAACCCAGCGUCCAGUGAAAAACAUUUGUCUAGAGAUAAACCACUGCCCAGUGAACACCAUCUGUCUAGAGAUAAGCCUGAAUCCAUUGAAAAGCCAGUCUCCAGUGAAAAGCCGGAGUCCAGUGAAAACCACUUGUCUAGAGAUAAGUCUGAAUCCAGUGAAAAGCCGGAGUCCAAUGAAAACCACUUGUCUAGAGAUAAGUCUGAAUCCAGUGAAAAGCCGGAGUCCAGUGAAAACCACUUGUCUAGAGAUAAACCACUGCCCAGUGAACACCAUCUGUCUAGAGAUAAGCCUGAAUCCAUUGAAAAGCCAGUCUCCAGUGAAAAGCCGGAGUCCAGUGAAAACCACUUGUCUAGAGAUAAGUCUGAAUCCAGUGAAAAGCCGGAGUCCAGUGAAAACCACUUGUCUAGAGAUAAGUCUGAGUCCAGUGAAAAGCCGGAGUCCAGUGAAAACCACUUGUCUAGAGACAAACUUUCCCCCAUCCCCGCAUCCCCUGGAAAACCAGUGUCCAAUGUAGUACCAGUGGCGAGAGAUAAGCCUGCAGCUGGCAGCAAUCCCAUAUCCAACUUGGUGCCCUCCGUUUUGAAGCCACUGUUCGGGUCGGAUUCUGGUGGGAAAGACGGCGCAGGGAAGGAGGAUGAACAGAACAACGACAAGGACCAGGACCAGGGGGCGGAUGAUGAUGAUGACAAGAACGAGGCGGACGAUGAUGCUGAUGAUGCCGAUGAGUAUGAGACAGACUAUGAGGAUGAAACCAAGGAUGAUGAGGAUGCAGAUGAGGACAAUGAGGAGGAUGAUGGCUGGGCUGACGAUGACAAGGACAAGGAUGAGGACGAAGAUGAGGAUGAGGAGGAGGUGGGUGGGGCUGCAGAGAAAGAAGAUGACAACGAUGAUGACGAUAACAACGAUGAUGACGAUGAUGACGAUAACAACGAUGAUGACGAUGAUGACGAUGACGGGAAGGACAGCGAUGAGGGCCAGGAUGACGAUGACCUGAACCUCAUGGAAAUGGACACUGACGACACAGACACGGACACGGAGAACGACUACAGCGAUGCGAAUGAGUACGGCAUGGGUGACGGCGAAGUCAGUGACGACAGUGACGACUACAGCGAUGACAGCGACGAUAGCGAUGACUUCAGCGAUGAUGACAGCUACGGCAUAUGGUGGUUCUGAUGGGGCCGGAGAGUGGGCCCGGGCGGGGGCAGACCCGUGGUCUGCACAGGGCGAGGACGUGGAGCCGUGUGAGGAGGAAACCCUGUACAUGAGCACGUGGAGCGCCGAGGCUCCCUGCACUGCGAGGCCCAGCCAGCCCUGCUCACGCCCCUGACGUCCACGCUGCAGCCGCUUCCCACCACUGCCCCGAGCUGGCGCAGGCCGUGGUCACACCUGUGUCUGCGUGUGGAUGCACCCUGGGUCCCCGGCACUGCCCGUGCAGCAUCACGGUGGUGCAGCAGUCCAUGCUGCCCCAGCUACGGCCCCUCACGGCCCAGGAGCUCGAGGCAGGCCUCUAGCGGUCUGCGGUAAACGCAGACUCCUGGGGGCUCUGUCCACGUGGGACCACGCGCUGGACACUAGCCGUGCCGUGGAAGGCCGGAGUUGCCCCUGUUCCUCCCCCCGUGGGGCCAGUGCUCACUCCCUCCUGUAUUGUUUGGCACAAACAAUGUUCCCUCUCAAUAAAGCUGAAUGCGAGCAGCGCCAGCCGGGCCGUGGCUGAUGCAUGCUGGCUGCACCAGCUCCGCGAGAGUCUCUUGGCGGCUGGGCCGACUGGGAGAGUGCCAGCUGCCUUUCUCCCCAGCGAAUGGCCAAGACCUCUUGGGGGGCCUGAUCCUGCUUACGUGCCUAUCACACACCUAGCUUUGAUGGCGCUGGCCACGCGACGGGGCCGGGCGUGAGUGGAAGCGUGCACGGGCUGAGCCCUGUAUCCCCGUUCCCAGCAGCAAAGGUGCUCUGCAGAGG